AUGGUAAUUUGGAGGUCUAGAGAUCCGCAUAUCCCGGCUCCAAGGGAGACAUUCAAUCAGAUGCUCAUCAAUGCGAUGGAGAGCCACAUCGCCGCGAAUCCCAAUGCGAUCGCCAUGGUAAGGCAGGGUGGUGGAAACUAUGGCAGACUAAAUUUACAAACGUGGGGUAAUUUUAACGAUAGACAAGUGUAGAACUACUCUCUUUACAAACUAAAAAAGAUUGUAACCUUCUAGAUAAGAGCCGAUGUACCUACAGCCCCACCAAUGACCUACAAAGGCCUUCUGAAGCUUUCGAAACAGAUUGCGUUUUUUCUAAACUCACGGUGAACAUGCCUCCCUUGUUUUCCGCAACGAGACCUUUCAGCGGUUUCGGCCACGGUUCGAUCGGCUCUAUUAUGAUGAGCAACUGCCCGGAAUUCGUCUCGUUCGUACUUGGAUCCAUCAUCUGCGGUGGCGUUUAUUCGCCCGUCAACCCAUUUUUCCUCAGCGGUCUUUUCUAGACUCAAUGCGCUUAUAGAAAACCGAGAUUUCUAGGCGAAAUUCAGCGCCAACUUCGAAACAAUGGCUCCGUCGCUUUAUUCGUAGAAGAGGAUAUUCUAGAAACAGCUCUGAAAGCCGUUGAAAAUACCUCAGUGAAGGUGAGAGGGUGAAAAGGGGGUUUAAUUUCAAUAAGAAACUCAGAUAAUCGUCUGUUUACGCAACACGACAAACACCCUGCCUUCGGGAGUUGUGGAUUUUGAAGAGAUCCGAAACCUUCCUGAUAAUAUUUCUCACAUUAAGCCAGAAAUAAGGUCAGAAGUUGGCGAAUGAGUGAUUUCAAAGAACAAAAUUGUAGUCUGGACGACAUGUGCACAUUACCGUAUUCUUCUGGAACAACAGGCUUUCCUAAAGGCGUCAUAAUGACGCAUCGAAACGUAUCUACCAUGAUCGCCAUCACCGCAUUGUCAGUGAUUUUUAAAGAACUUUUGAAAUGGUACGAAGCCUUCGAAAAAGCUAUCUAUAUCAUCUUUAUUGUUUGUCAAAUGAAACCUACACCUUUGAGAACCCAAAAUUUCAUUGUAAAUUUCUCAAAGAUCCAAAAGUAGGAGUGAAUGGUUUUAAAAAUGAGAUUUUCUGUGAAAAUCGGAAAAAGAUGAAUUUGUUCGUUUUUUUCAAUCUGUUAGUAGAAAUAAUGGGUUUCGAAGCAAUAAAUAUGAUGAACUACGAACUGAUCUAUCAACUUGCUGCUUAAUUAAUUCCUCAAACUUUUUUUCCAGUUUAAAUUUUAUACUUUUUCAUACAAGCUUUUUUUGGCUGCCUAAUUUGGAGACGAAAAAAUAAUAAACUUGCCAGAUAUUUCAAAAAGUGGAACGAUCUGAUCGGCGAGGACAGUCGACAUAUCCUCCUUCAACAGCCGAUUUGCCAUGGCGUCGGCUUUCUCGUUUGCUUCAAUGUUUCUAAGUUUCCAAAUUUAAAACACACCAACCUGUUGAAGGCGAUCAUCAACGGCGCUUCUAUGGUCUACUUGUCCAGAGUGGAUCCGAUCGUCUUUCUUACCUGUAUUCACAAGUUCAAAGUUCGGAUUAUUUUUUUAAACAACGAAUGACUAAAUUUUCAGUUUCGCCAAAUCUACGUCGUUCCUCCACUCCUAGUACUGAUGGUCAAAAAUUCUUUGGUGGCCAAAUUCGACCUUUCCUCGAUAAAAGUGGCCUUUUGUGGCGGCGCUCCACUCGGAAAACAGCUUGCCCAGGCGUUUAUGAGAAGGUUUCCUCACUGUCGCAUCUACCAGUGUAAGUCUGAAGUUGGAAGUCUCUGUGAUUUGAAAAUUCAGGCUACGGUAUGACAGAAACCGGCACAAGCUCCCACGUUCCUGAUCUUUUUGACAGUAGCUACUCACAGAAGAACUACGAGUCCUGUGGCAACGUAUGCUCCACGUUUGAAGUCAAGGUAUAACCCCUUUCUAUUCUUUCAAAGUUUAAAAGGUUCAGAUUGUCGAUCCGGAAACGUACAGAGAGCUGGGGCCUGGAGAAACUGGAGAGAUUGUAGUACGUGGGCCGACCGUCAUGCAGGGCUACUAUAACAACCCCGAAAGCACUAAGCACACGAUUCGCAACGGCUGGCUCUACACCGGUAGAAACACUUUCCGUUAUAAGUUAUCAACAAAGAAAAACUAAGGCGACAUCGGAAGAGCUGACAAGGAGGGUCGAUUCUACAUUGUCGAUCGUCUGAAAGAACUCAUCAAAGUGCGAAGCAUACAAGUGAGUCUUGAAAAUACUGAAAAAGAUCAGUUCAUACUAUCAGGUGCCUCCCGCGAUGCUCGAAGACUUGCUCCUGGAGCAUCCGAAAAUUGCAGACGCCGGCGUCGUCGGCAUGCCCGACUUUGAAAGCGGAGAGCUUCCUUUCGCGUUUGUCGUCCGCAGGUCCCCAGACCUGACUGCCGAAGAAGUCAAGGCCCACGUCGCUGGUUCAUCAAUACUAUUUUUCAAGGCGACAUUGGAACUUGCAGAACACGUCGCCGGGUUCGAAUGCCUCCAUGGCGGCGUCGAAUUCGUCGAUCAAAUCCCGAGGAGUCCAUCAGGAAAAAUCCUUCGGCGCUACCUCAAAGAGAAGCUGAAAGAAAUUUGUAAUCGCAAAAGAGCAUAG